AUGGCCAUUCUUAACAAACCUGCCACUAUAAUCACUUUGUUUCCUCAACUCAAACCUCGGAAACACAUCAAAUUUCCCACCUCAAAAUUGGUUUUCACAGAAGAACUUGUUUCCCACAAAACUGUUUCCUGCAAUGGCACAGCUUGGAGCCUAAAUGCUGUGACUAGAUCAACUAAGGGUAAAGCUUUAGCCUUCAAUGACAAUGCUGGUGAUGAAGGAGUUAAAGAUCUUGAGCAAGAAGGCUUCAUUAGUGAGUUUUCUCAGUUUCACCCAGAAUGUAUAGUAGCUAAUGGACUCGAAUCCACUCUCAAUCGCCUGAGUAUGGGGAUUGUAGCUGUAUGUUUCAGUGCAAUCCUUCUGUGGAGGCAUGAUGCUGAAGCAUUGUGGGCUACUGUGGGUUUUGGUUUAAAUCUUGGGCUCUCCACCAUGCUGAAGGAGAUACUAAACCAAGCGCGACCUGUUUCUGCCACGAGAUAUGACCCUGGAAUGCCAUCGACACAUGCUCAAUCCAUAUUCUUCGUCAUCAUGUUCACUGUUCUGUCAAUGGUGGAAUUGCUUGGAGUGAAUGGACUUGCAAUAACUUUUAGUGGUGCUGUCUUGGCAUUUGGUUCAUAUCUUAGGUAUAUGUAUCAAGAUGCACCCUUGAUCAUUUACUUGCUCAUCAUAUGUCUCACCCACGGGAGUGACUUCUUUGCCAUUGAGACAAUGUCAAAAAUAUCGCCCUUGCGUAUAAGCCAACUCCUCUCCAUUCAAUCCCGGCUGGACUGA